AUGAACCAAGAAAUUGGCAUCAUCAAAAAUGUGGAAAUCCUUCAUACAUAACUGAAUAUGGCGAUAUUUUAUGCAAAAAUCAUUUAUAGGAUUGUUCAGGGUAUUUUAUUAAAGAUGCUUCCUUUUAAAGCAGUAAGGCAUCUUAAUCUAAAACUUGGUAUAAGCAUAAUUCAAUGUCGAAACUUUUAUUUGCACUAUCGUAGGCUCUUUAGGUAGCAGAAUAUAAUCUUAAUAACAAUGAUCAAAAUGUAUUUACCUAAAAUAUACUAUUAGAAGUACAAAAAAGAUGGAAUAACUGAUUCAUUUACAAUUAUGUAUUUUUGUCAAUGAAUUUGGAAUUAUAUUAAUAUUUUCUUGUUAAAGAGUAAAGCAUCGAAAUUUCAAUCUAAUAAAAAUUAUAUUAUUUGAUAGCAUCUUUCUAAUUCUCAAAGUGUAUUGUCAUUAAAUGAUGUUCUAAAUCACUUUAUCUAAUGAGAUCAAAUGA